GAUGAGCACUGCUCGGCCUGGCCCUUUUGAAGCCUUGCAUGGACCACCAAGUGUGCAUAUGAGCAUUGAUCCCAGCCUGGUGUGUGUGUGAGGUGUUGUGUCCGGCCCCUGUAAUGAAACGGAGCUGACCCUCUUGAACUCGUGUAUGUGUUCACAGCCGCAUGUAAUCCAAGUGGGGUUUUCUGUUUUUGGGCCACAUGUGGAGAACUUGUUUGGCGGGCAUCUUCAGGAGUUGAGGGACAAAAAUGCUCAACACUCAGCACAACUCGGACAUCCACACUGGGAAAUGACCCCCGUUUGUGGCUGGGGUCAGGGUCACGGUGGUCGUGGUUAUGGUGGUUUGGGUCGCAGAGGUCGAGUUUGUUGAUGUCCGGGCCCGGGGUCUCCGUUUGACGGAAACCUGAGAGACGGUGCGGCAAGACUGCGAACUCCUCACAGUUGCCGUAAAAAAAAACCCCAACACGUUCGUCAAUAACGCUGUGGUCUCGAAAGGAAAAAUAUAGUAGGUGACGUUUCAGGUAUUGGCCCUUUUCAUAGCACGUAAAGGUAACAGUUACUGAUUUACCAGGCCAUUUGGUAAACUCGCUUCUCCACCGCUGUUAUUGUACCGUGUUAGUCAUGGGGAGUAUAUUUGUCUAAAUUUUAACACGGUUGAUUUUGAUGUUUCGUUAUUGCAGUUCAUUUAAUUUGAUUUCACACGCGACAAGAAUUGGGGUAGCACAGCCGACGUCUAGUCAACGAGUAAGGCAUUGCGGCGAUGGUAACGGACAGCCUAGGAUGUCUGCACUUUCACCAUCGCUUAAGUAGGCACAGGACCUACCGAGGGAAGGAGUUUCAAGUUUAAUUUGUUUAACCCAGGGUGUGAGAACUCGAAGAGACCAGGACAGAGUCUCAUUUGCAAGCGUUGACCCGGGUCACCAAAAUGACAAAACCAAAACUGAAUAAAAAUCGGAACAAGGCAACUGCAUCGCAUAAUGGGGAAUCUGAACAUAUCACAAUCUGUAAUCGACGUUACUGUAAAUAUUAAAUUCUUUGCAGCACAAAUCGGCUCGGGCAGAUCACCAGGUUGAACACCGUGCAAAUAAAAACUAAGUAACAGAAACAUUCAACAGUUAUACGGUGGUUAUAAUACUAAUACAUAAACAAGGAUAUACGUUGAAUCCUGCGAUGGACAGUCAUGCUUUCCCACACCUCUAAUUAGAACGGUUGAUUACGUAUGAUGCGAAAGAAGUUCAUCAUACAGAGGUGUGUUGCUUUUCAAGUUGAAAGCCGACGGAGCGACUUGUGAUUUGGGAGGUUGGAUUCGAGGAAUAUGCUUCUGGAAGAAAUGAAGCGUGGGGCAUUCAUUUACGAUAGCGGAGUUGAAAUCGCGAUUGGAUUUUGUUUUUACAAUAAACUGAGGUGAGGGAUUCAAAGAGAAACGAUUCCACUAUACUAUUUAUACUUUUUAUUUUAUUUUACCAGCUAAGGGCCACAGAGCUCUAAUAGCAUUUUUUCAGACGUGGCCUAGCCACAUGAAAGCUCAACGAAGUGGCUUCUCAUCACGUGGAAAUUUACAGCAGCCAAAUACUCGAAACGCAUGCUUCUAAAUGUGGAGGGAAUAACCAGAGGACCCGGAGAAAAAUCACGCGACCAUGGGGAGAGAGACGCAAACCUGGCGUCAGGGUUUGGAUCGAACUCACGACCUGCAUACCAGGCGAAGUAGUUAACAUCUAGCCGCCACCGUGUCGCCUAUCUCGCUUAGCUCGCCACCGUGAGCCACUGAGGCACCUCCCGCCACUGCAACAGUGGUUGUCCUAUGAUUAGACUCGCGUCCGCCAUGGUAAUGUCGAAUUGACACCACUUGCUCAGGGCUGCGAUCAGGAAUUUGGAACUGCGUCAGUGCCCAUUUGAACGAGAAGCCGCUAACUUUUUAAAAUAGCCGCAUGCUGUCUAACCACACGUUCUGCAAUCCGCAUGGUCUCUCGUCCGCGUGUUUUUACAUGAGAAUGUGGAAUUUCCGUCGUUCAGGGAGGACCACCAAUCAAUAUGACCACCACCAACCCCAUGGGCCUGAACAGCGCUAGCAGGGAGACCGUGAGUAUCAGCAGCAGCCAAUCUCUUGUGCAUCUGGUCACAAACCUGUCAACUUGUCAACCCCCUGAUCAGCGCUGACCUUAUUACAGACCAAUUCAGACCUUAAUAGUCACACCGUGCCAUUAGAAAUCUCAACGUUCAUCGUACAAAGUCCCAUCACAAGGGAGAAACACAAAUAAAUAUACAACAAAAAACUGCUGUACGCCGUAUGGACCUGAAAACUGAAUUUCCCUAUACAAGAAUAUAGGUGUGUGGUCACAGACUCGGUAUUCAAUUAAAGUCUUCGGGUUUUUUUGGUGCAACUUGUAACAGGUGUCUAUUUGGUGUUUGAUCAUCUUAACACCUGUUUUUAUUCUUGUUUUGAAGCUUUCGUGACUGCAGGAAUCCAUACUCUGGUUCUUUCGGUAAAGUCACGUAGGUAGAAAAAAUAAUAAAAUGAACACGAUGUUUCGGUCGCAACACGAGCGUCCGUCAUCGGGCGAGAAAAUUAUCUGCUGUUGUGGCUUUAUAUCGGCACAGAGUGGGGGGGGGGGGGAGUUUUGUAGAGUCGUGGCGUGCAGGGACGAGUGGGGCUGGAGAAAUUAGCAUGUCAAUGAGCUUGAAUUAGUAACCGAAAACAAAAACGACACGGGUGGGUGAGUGAAAAUCACAGCAGUUAAAACUUGACCUGGUUUUAUCACGUCCUUACAAUGAUUGCUCAAUCUGAAUCCAUGUUCUCGUUGAAAGUUUUGUCUGUGUUUGUAUUUCUGGAUGGCUUCAUGAACAAAUCUCUGAUGGUAUCCCGAGGGGUUUGCAGAGCACCUUGGUAGACCUUUUAUUAUUUGUUUCUAUCUACGUGACUUUGCCGAAAGAAACAGAGAGUACCUGUUUUUAUUUGCCAGAAAGGGUAACAUUCUUAUUUUGUAUAGGUUGUUUUUCCUGUUUAAGGACUUUAGGACUCGGAAAAUGGGAGGGGGGCGAGAAAAACCCCCCGGCUUCCUCCGCUUCCUCGCCCUUCAGUCAGCCGCUAAUUAUCAUAUAUGUUCAUUUGCAUAUAUUUGCAUAUAUGCAAAUGAGGGUUGAUUACCAAUCAUCACCGCACGUGGGCUGGGGAGGGGGGGUAAGCGCGGAAUCGCGACGCGCCACCCGUAGCGAUUUGCCCACUCCGGCCGACUCCUCUGAGCGUCGAUUUACGUGGGCGACGUCGAUUCCCCACCGUGUGACCGUAGGCGCAAAAAUCGAUCCGUAUUUAAGCGAUCGCCAGAGGAAUCGGAAUCGAAUUUGCGGCACUCAGGGCGGGGGCGCUUGCGCUCGAGCAGAGAUCAAGUUCCGUGUCGUCUCCUGAAGCUGAUGCCGCCUGUUGGGACUUCUCAUCGUGGACGAGGGUGGAGUCUGUAACCGGCACCGGGCUUCUCUGUCGCGCAGACUUCGACUGACGAUGGCGGUGGCGAUGCUGAGCGGCAGCAGCGCGGCGUUGCCAGGACCGGACCCGCGGGCGGACUUCCCCGCGUGGCUCUCGGCCCAGGGCAUGAAGCUGCCGUUCGCCCAGGCCAUGGAGCGGGAGCUGGGGAUCGGGGACUACGAGGAUCUGCUGGCGUGCGCCGAGGACGCCCAGGUCACCCUGGAGCUGCUGGCCACGGCGCGCCAGCGCCUGCCCUUCGCCCUCUACGCCGCCCUGCGCCGAGUCGUCAAGGCGGCAGCGGCGGCCGGAGCGGCCGAGGGCCCCGCGGGGAGCUGGAGGGCCCGGGAGGGAACGGGAUGUGAGAACCCCCUGGCCCUGCGAGACCUCCUCGACAUGAUUGUGGCCAUGCUGCAGACGCUGGGGCAGGAGCUGCUGCAGUCGGCGCACAAGUUCGGGUCGCUGGACCCGGCGUUCAGUGGUGUCCGUGAUCCCGUGCACGAUGCCAGCCCCUUCCCGAGCCCUGUCAUCACAGGCGCUGACAACGCACCAGAUCCUGCAGAAGUGAUAAGCAAGGAGUUGCUGGGGCAGGCGUCGCCAUGCAGGGAUGAACCGAGCCCCGUGGCUGUGAACGAGCGCCGUCUGCCGCGGAUGUGGACGCUCAACGACGUGGUGGACGAUGGCUCCCCGCCCCUCGGUGAGGCCUCAGGAUGCGAGGUGGACGUGGGGUGGACGUUAGUGUCACCGCAGCCACAAGCGUGUGGUCGUGAUGGAACAGCCACAUGUGACCCAGGAGAUGAGGAGGGGCAGCUGGAGGCCGGGGUCCUGGAGGACGAGGUGGUGGAACAUGAGGCAGAGCACAUCUCCAUGCAGGACCUGAGGGACCAGGGCCCCGAGUGGGGGCCACACGGCCCGGGCAGGGACGUGCGGCCGAUGUGGGCCAACAUGGACAUCAAGACGGAGAAGAUGUGGGAAGAGUUGGAGGGCCCGAGGGACGAGGACAUCGCAGACAUUUGGCCGGAAGUGAAGUUGGAGAUUGUGGAGUCGCAGCACGUGUGUGUCGGUAACGACAGCUACCCAGGUACCAGGGAGGCUGUAUUGAGGGCCCCGACACCAGCACCCAUGCUGGGCCCUCCUCUCCAGCACCAGCAGCUGCCAGUGUUGCUCCCGAGCCGGCGCGAAAUGCUCCUCGGGGCCCCACUUCGCCGCCACUACCAGCGCCACCUUCCCAAGAAGCAACACCAGCAGCGGCGCAGGCAUCAGAGCGUGGGGUGGCCGGGCAGAGCGGCGGCUGCUUCCGGCGUUCCUGGUGAGGCUGACAGAGCCGGUGAGGCUGACAGAGCCGGUGAGGCUGACAGAGCCGGUGAGCCCGACGGGGAGGGGAGCGGCACCGGCCGCGGCCAGGGCGCAUACUCGUGCGACCAGUGUGGACGGCGCUUCACGCAGUCCAGCAACCUCAGCCGGCACCGGCGCACGCACACGGGCGAGCAGCCGUACCGGUGUGAGGAGUGCGGCAAGCGCUUUUCGCAGUCGUCCAACCUCACACGCCACAUUCGCACGCACCUGCGCUGGCACCACCUCAUCAAGCACGAACAGCAGCAGCAUGAACAGCAUCAACAGCACAUUGGGAUCGCAGAACUCAUGGCUGAGCUCACGUGACGGGGCCCUGCCCACUGCUGUCAUUUUCCGGUCACCAUAAAUGUCCGAGGACUCUUAAGGCUUCCUGUUCUUCUGGCCCUUACCACCUGCCUCAUCGAAUGAUCUCCAGGCCCAGUUGGUGUAAUUUAUUCGGACGCUCCGCGUCAUGUGGAUACCUCGUCACAGACGGCUGGAGUUGGCAUUUGAUGGUGAACGUGAGAUCAUGGACGAGCGAAGAUGGCACUUGUUGGGAGGGGCACCGCGCCGAUGGUGCCUGGGGCUCAUGAUGAUGGCGACCCUGAUGAUGGACAGAGUUUAAUCCCCACAAAAGCGGACGUUCUGGUUCGUUUUUGCCCACAGCAAGUGCCCGGAGAUAUUUUUGUAAGCGGUAGUGUUUGGGUUCGGAAGCUGAGACCAAAGCCUUUGAAAAUUUGUUUAACCGACUGGAGUUCAAAGUAAGAUGAGAAGGAUGUAUACUGAUUGGGAAAGUUUCUGGAUAGGCACGUCAUAGACACUGCUGAAGUGUGGUUCUUUAAGGACAAAGGAGUUAAAAUGUUGACAAAUUAAGAAAAAUAUUAAUAAGGGACUGUUGAAAAAGUCACUUUGAGAAACUCAUGAAUGAAGAGAACCCUAUAGAAAGUUGGAGCAAAAAGUCAGUAAACCAAUGGUGUGAGUAGAACCGAUAGGGGAGAAAGUGGGUGAUGCCCUUAGUAGGAGGAAGAGUUUAAUAUAGAGAUUACCAACAGGAAGGCACUGGGGAUCGAAGGCAUGCACUGCCUAACCCAACUCUUGUAACAAGUUCAGAAUGCAGGAAGCCUGGAUGGGCGGA